CAUGCGGGAUUAAACAUAUUUAGUUUUAAUUUAUUUAAAUUACAAAGAUGUCUAACAAUGGGGAAAAAUCUUCCACAUCAAACGGCUUGGCUCCAGAUCCACAGCAGAGGCUGGCUUCGUUAAAACCAACCCGAGACCUUACCUUGGGCGGAGUAAAACCUAACAAAAAAGUGUUCACACCGAAUUUAAACGUGGCUAGGAACAAAAACAAGGGACCGAAUUUAAACGCAGCUAGAGACCAAAACAGAGAUAACAAAGGCAAGAGGGACCGUAAAAACGAUAAAAACAGGAAUAAAAAUGGACCAAAUGUCAUCAAAUCAGCUGGUGUCUUCUCUGAAGGACUGGGGGGAGUGGAGAGGCAGUCAGGACGCUUUGGGUCUUACAGCAACCGGGAUGGUAGUGGAGCACCCGCAGCUACUCUUCAGAAACCAACCAUUAAAGUCAGAGACUUUGUCAAAGUUGACAAAGAGCUGGAAGACCAGAAAAUAAGAAGAGCCAUGGGCCAGGACAGCCCCGAGGAAGAGGAAUACGAGGACUUCAAACAGGUGUCUGAGAAAGACGCUCCCAUCAAGCUGCCCACGGAUACCGGAGCAUGGGACCGCCCAAGGCCGGUGCAGGUAAAACAGGAGGUGGUCGUGAAGGCGGAGCCUGGCGAGGACGCCCCGAGCACCAUAGCGACAGUGCCAGCCCCGAUCGUCAAGAAGGAAGUGUUCGAAGAAAACGACGUGGUCAACCUGCUCAAGAAUGACCAACCCACAAUGAUACUGUUGCAGUUGCCCGACUGUCUGCCGGGGCGCGGCGGCGGCGAGCCGGAGCCCUGCAGCUCGGGAGACAACAAGGAAGAAGUGCCGCCGACCGACGGCAGAUGUCGCCUGAGCGACCUGGAGGAGGGCCGCAUCGGGAAACUACGCGUGCACGCGUCCGGCCGCGUCACGCUCGCACUCGGAGACACGAUCUUUGAGGUCAGCACUGGCACAAAGGCAGCAUUCUACCAAGAGGCAGUGUCCGUGGCCGCAGACGACACCUCGCGCUCCGCGAACAUGGUCUCUUUGGGACCCCUACAACACAAACUCAACCUCACGCCUGAUUGGGAAGCCAUGUUCCAGGACAUGCCCGUCUGAACCCGUGUCCAAAAUUGUUACACAUAAAGCAUU